AUGGAUCGCCGCAUCUAUGGUGGCUCCGCCGUCAUUCAUCUCUUUCUCUUCCUCUUUAUCUCCUCCGUCGCAUCUGCAUUAUCCAAGAACACGAAUCUCUCAUCCGGGUCGGGUCAGAUCAACUCCAACUCCGUCCUCGUAGCUCUCCUCGACUCUCGUUACACAGAACUCUCCGAGCUCGUCGAGAAGGCUCUCCUCCUUCAGACACUUGAAGACGCCGUUGGUCGUCACAAUAUUACCAUUUUUGCCCCUCGCAAUGAAGCUCUCGAGCGUGACCUUGACCCGGAGUUCAAGCGGUUCUUGCUCGAGCCAGGUAAUCUCAAAUCUCUCCAAACCCUCCUCAUGUUCCACAUUAUCCCCAAUCGGGUCGGGUCAGAGCAAUGGCCUAACGAGGAAUCGGGUCGGGUCAAGCACCACACGCUGGGAAACGAUCAGGUCCAUUUGAGCAAGAAUAAACAAGACGGCAAAAAGAUGGUUGACUCGGCUGAGAUAAUCCGACCCGACGACUUGACCCGACCCGACGGAUUGAUCCACGGGAUCGAACGGCUUCUCAUCCCUCGCUCCGUUCAAGAGGAUUUCAAUCGCCGUCGUAGCCUCCAAUCAAUCUCCGCCGUUUUACCCGAAGGAGCUCCUGAAGUUGACCCGAGAACCAACCGUCUCAAGAAAAAACCCGUUCCAGUUCCCGCCGGAUCCCCACCGGCUCUCCCGAUCCAAUCCGCCAUGGCUCCGGGUCCGUCUCUAGCUCCGGCGCCGGCUCCGGGACCUGGAGGCAAGCACGGCCACUUCGACGGUGAAGCUCAAGUCAAGGAUUUCAUCCACACGCUGCUGCAUUACGGCGGUUACAACGAAAUGGCAGACAUUCUCGUGAAUCUGACGUCACUCGCGACGGAGAUGGGUCGUUUGGUGUCGGAAGGUUAUGUGCUAACGGUUUUGGCUCCGAACGACGAAGCCAUGGCGAAAUUGACGACGGAUCAGCUGAGCGAGCCAGGGGCUCCGGAGCAGAUCGUGUAUUACCACAUCAUACCGGAGUAUCAGACGGAGGAGAGUAUGUACAAUUCUGUUCGGAGAUUUGGGAAGGUGAAGUUCGAUACGCUGCGUUUUCCUCAUAAGGUUGCGGCUAAAGAAGCUGAUGGUUCGGUUAAGUUCGGAGACGGUGAGAGGUCGGCGUAUUUGUUCGAUCCAGACAUUUAUACGGACGGUCGGAUUUCGGUUCAGGGGAUUGAUGGUGUUUUGUUCCCUGAAGAGAAGGAGACUGUUGAAUCGGUUAAGAAACCGGUUAAGAAAGUUGUUCAGCAGAGAAGAGGGAAAUUGUUGGAAGUAGCCUGUAAAAUGCUUGGUGCUUUUGGGAAGGACGCUUAUCUCAGCAAAUGCCGGUGA